AGUCUUGGUUUCCCCAUGGCGUCGUUGGUCGCCUACAAUCGCACCGUCGCGGAAUUACGUUAUCUGCGCGGCAGCAUUUGCCCCACGGACAACAAAACGGAACUCUCCGCCAGCAUUAAAUUCAACUGUGAUAUGAGCGCCGGUCUGGGCAAACCAAUUCUGCAGACAAUUACAGAUUGUCUUUACGAAUUCCAGUGGAUGACGAACGUAAUAUGCCCCUCACACAUGUGCACUUUUAAUGAGGAGACUUGCGAAAUAAUUAACGACGACAUUAAUUUCCAUUACGAACUGAAAAAGGCGCCUUUCACCGACGCUGGUCAAAUAAAGAUUCCCAACGGUAAAGAUGAGUUUAAACUCAACAUUUGCGGCAAUCAUCGCAAAGCUGAAACUGAUUACUCUCAGGGUUUGGUGAAUUUGUUCUUCACUACAGAAGCGCCAUGCGGCAACGCAAAUGUUCAGCUGCGCCUAAUUUGUAGUGGUGACAGCAAGCGCGUUAUCAAUUAUGACAAUGCGGGCAAGGAAUGCAACUUGGUCGUGCACCAGAGCACACCGGAUAUCUGCAAAUUCCUUAGACGAGCGGUGCCGCCGCCAACGGCGCCGGACUCUGGCGUUAGCAGCACUGUUGCAACACCAACAACUACAACAACGACAAAGAGCAGCACAGCAGCACCAGCAGGCGGCGUAGAUAAUGGCGGCGCACAUCCUGCCGAGCAAACUGGCUCCAUUGGUGCUAUAUUGGCCGCCAUAUUAUCGCUGACCUGCUUCGUCGCUUGCCUUGGCGUGUUUGCCUUUUCGCCGGAACGCCGGAACAGCGUGAGGCGCUUGUUUAGACGCACUACAUCGGCGGUGCGUUACUCUAGGGUUCAAUCUAAUGAGGAAGCCAACCUGUUGCUCGAGACAAAUGGCGAAUUCACGGACAGUGAUGAUGAACUACUGCUCUAAAACAAAUGCGAAACACUACUUAAACACAACAACAAGGAUUUCAGAAAACUCACUACAAUACUGUACACUGUGAACAAACACGAAAACUAUUUUAAAUAACAACAAUUAAUAAUCUUUUAUGUAUUUUAAAAAAGCUUAACAAAAUUAUUGUACUGAGAACGUUAUGAGCUAAAAAUCUGAAAUAUUCAAUGCGAGCUUCUUUUUGCCACAUAAACCUCAAACCUGAAACAAGAAUUGAAAAUAAUUCAACAAAGAAAGCCUAAAAAACACCAAAGAGGAAAGACAAAAAAAAUUAAUUCAAAAAUAAAUAAAUAUAUAUGUAAACAAGAAAUAUAUAUAUAAAAUAAAAUUAUAUAUAAAACGAAAAAAAAAAUAUAUAUAUAUACAUAUAAACAAAAAAAUAUACAUAUAUAUAAAUAAAAGCUGAAAAUACAAAAUAAUAAUAAUCAGCUAUUCUAAAUUAGAUCGAAGAGAAUAUAUAUGUAUUAUUUGUAUGAGCGGAAUUUUUAGGCAUUUUUUAAACUUAUAGUGUAUUACACACACAAACAUAAAAGAAAUAUUUUUGAAAACAAACUUGUAUAAGUAUUUGUAAACUGUGAAUGUGCAACUUGGAAUGUUAAGAAUUGGAGAUCUCUUUUAUGUAUAGACUACAUGUAAAGAAUACUUUUUUAAAUUAUAAAUGUGUGAAUUUAUACGAGUCGUAAUGGUAUGAAAAGUAAAAUGGAUUAGAGACAAGAAAGAAACUAAAAACUAUAUUUUUUCAACAGUUGCAAGUGUAUAGCAUUGCAUUUUAUUAUAGGUAUUUCGAUAAAAAAUAUUGCAUAAAAGACAUACAUCAAUGUUGUAAGCGCAUUAUGGCAUACAUGCUUCAUAUAAAUGUAUGUAUGUAGUGAAGCCAGGCGCUUAGGCUUCUACAAGUACCCACUGAGGUAUUGGCGAUCUAAAGACCUACAUGAACACCUUAAUAUAUUACACAUAUACACAGAUAUACCUAUAUACAUAUAAACAGCUUUAAUUGUGAUUGCAACGCACACACAUACAUACAUACAUACAUACUUACAUUUACAUAGCUACAUCAAUGCGUGUUGCCACCUUUUAAUCAACUUUUGUAAUGCUUAAACAACUACUUAUGUGUGUUUGAGCACAAAUUUAUUCCUAUUUAUCUCUUAAAUAAUAUUCAAUAUUUCUGUAUUUAUCGCCACUAUGUACUUAAUUAUAAAUAUGAAAUCAACCCAAGCUCUCAUUUGAUUAAAAUAUGAAUAAAAUUAUAAGCGUAUAUAUGAAUG